AUGUCUCAAGCCGGUGACCAUGGCACCCAACCGCAUCAUCAAACCCACGAGCAACCAGGCCUAGAAGUUGUACCAGACGGACAACGCAAUUACACACGCGCGGAAGACUGGUCCGGACUCCAGGUCGACAGCCGCCCUUACUAUGUCGAUGGUGGCAAAGAAGCGUUAAAUAAUCACAAUGACAGCGAGAAAAUACCCGUAACUUCGGAGCAAGACGGAGUCGAAGAGCUUGAAUCUAAACAACCAAGGCGAAGAGGACGGCUAUGGCUCAUGAUUGGAGGAAUUGUACUCCUCCUGGUGACUGCAGCAGCCAUCAUCGGCGGAAUGAUGGGAGCCAAGGCGGCGAAUGCAUCAAAAGUCGACAAUUCGUUGCCCACGAGCGAGGCUAGCCCUACCAGCACACCGACUCCCACAACGACAACAAAAUUACAAUCAAUACGUCAGGGGUCGCCACUCGCCGUCACUGGAUGGGGCCAGUCUGGAGGUGUGGAGGUGUUUCUCUUUUACCAAGAUCACGAUUAUCAAGUACACCGGUCCACGUAUGACACCACGAAGACGAGCGGAAACUCGUCAUGGCAGACGCCCGAUAAAUUCAACUCUUUUGCAGAUGCGAGUACUCGCUUAGGGGCGAGUAUAAUUCAAUACGAUAGUUCAUACCAGCCGCAAACUGAAGUCUUCUACACAAACGAUGAAGGCCGUGUGCUUGGCGUGAGCAUAAACGAUGCACUGAGCCCAAAUUCCGAAGAAGACAGUAUUAAGAGCAUGGUUUUGAGCUCCCGUGUCAACGGUAGCGUCGCAGCUUAUUGGCCCUGGGUUUUGUACCAGGAAAGUACUGGUGGAAUUGUUGAGGUGCGAAACCGCCUUCGCUCUGAAUUCGCACCAGCAGCCGAGUGGGACAAGAAGAGACUCAACGCUACUGCGGAUAGUGAUAGCCGGCUAGCAUUGGUUCCGUUGUCGGCCAAUUUCAGCAAGAUUGCCGUUCAAGGAGGUUAUGGAAUAUUUUACCAGACUAGUGGCGGCUUGGUUGCGUUGAUACCGGAUCUUGGAUCAGAUCUGCUCGCUGCAGAUUAUGCAGACAGUUGGCCUACAGGCUUCCCGACUGUCACGAAUAUGCCAGGAGGCGCGCCCUUUGCUGCAUUCUCAGUUCCCAGAUCCUCGGAUACUCUGCAGAGAGUCUUCACUUACGUCCUUUACCUCGACAACGAUGCAAACAUCAACGUCAUUUAUAACGAUGCUUCCUCCUGGGUUAUUGUCCAACCAGCCGCCCUGAAGGACGUCGACAAGGACACAGACAUUACCUGUCUCAUCAUGGCCACUACGUACCGCGACUCUUUCCAGCAAACAGUGGUACUUGGAGAAGAAGCUUUCGACCCAAGGUGCUACUUUCAACGUGGAGGCUUAGUGAGAGAAGUGAUUUUGGGCAGUAAUAAUAAGUGGGCGGAUAAUGGCUAUGUGCCCAUAUCCUAG